AUGGCGGCGGCACUCGGUGCUCAAGUAACCGAUCUGACGUUUAAGGCUUAAUGGACACCGUCAGAGUCGGCCGGCCGGCGGCUCUGGUUCGCGUCAGCUCUAGCCACGUCAGGGGUGGGAUUUGAGUCUUGGGCCACGUCAUCCUCUUCCACCGCCACACCUCGCCCCUCAAGGCGCAGCCACUGGGGGUGUUGGUUCCAAAAGGGAGUGGGCUGUCUGCUGCUGCUACUGCUGAUGGUGGGAAAAGGCAAGGUUUUUGAGGCGCCUCAAAAUGCUUUUAAGGAGCUUCAAAAGCACUCUCAGUUCUGGUGGGGAAAGGCAAGGGGGGCUGGGAACUGGUGGGGGUGGUGGGAAAAGGGGAGGCCUUGGUGUGGUAUGGUAUGUCUGAUCUGUUAGUGUGCUAUGCCAUGGUGGUAUGCCAUAGUGUGGUAUGCCAUAGUGCGGUGUGUCAUAGUGUGGUCUGUCAUGUCAUAGUGUGGUAUGCCAUAGUGUGGUAUGUCAGUGUGGUAUGUCAUAGUGUGGUAUGCCAUAGUGUGGUAUGUCAGUGUGGUAUGUCAGUGUGGUAUGUCAUAAUGUGGUAUGUCAUAGUGUGGUCUGUCAUAGUGUGGUAUGUCAGUGGGGUAUGUCGUAGUGCGGUAUGCCAUAGUGCGGUAUGCCAUAAUGCGGUAUGCCAUAGUGUGGUAUGUCAUAGUGUGGUAUGUCAUAGUGUGGUAUGGCAUGGUGUGGUAUGUCAUGGUGUGGCAUGUUAUGGUGUGGCAUGUCAUGGUGUGGCAUGUCAUGGUGUGGCAUGGCAUGGUGUGGCAUGGCAUGGUGUGGUAUGUCAUGGUGUGGCAUGCCAUGGUGUGGUAUGUCAUGGUGUGGUAUGGCAUGGUGUGGCAUGGCAUGGUGUGGCAUGUCAUGGUGUGCCAUGUCAUGGUGUGGCAUGUCAUGGUGUGGCAUGUCAUGGUGUGGCAUGCCAUGGUGUGGUAUGCCAUGGUGUGGUAUGUCAUGGUGUGGCAUGCCAUGGUGUGGUAUGUCAUAGUGUGGUAUGGCAUGGUGUGGCAUGUCAUGGUGUGGCAUGUCAUGGUGUGGCAUGCCAUGGUGUGGCAUGCCAUGUGCAGGUUGGCAGCAGCUGGAGGGAAGUGGAGCGAGAUUGAAGAUGAGGAGGACUGCUGGGGAAGGGAAGAGCAAGGUGGAGGAUGGCAAGCAUGGCUGCCUGAAUGCAGGCUCAGUUUGUCCUUAGGUGCUUAACCCAGUAGGAUGCAAUUGUGCGCAGAACUCUGUGUCUGCCUGAACCUGCCUGUUCUGGUAAUGCUGCUUGCUUAGGUGCCUGGAUGUUCUUUUGCGUUUACAUGUGGUAGUAGGUAAUACUGUAUAAGCCUGGCAUGAAAGAAUGCCAAAUCAUCAGCCAGGGCUUGUGAGAUGCACACGCUAAAACCUGGUGCAUGGUUGUCUUGUCUGGCGCGGUGCCAGUGGCCAGCAUGAAGUGGAUGUCUCAGCCAGCACACUGAUGCCAUGCAAAGCAAAGCCUUUUAC